UAUAAAUAAUUUAUAUACAACUUUUAUAUACCUUACUUGUGUAUGUAUUUUGCAAAAUAAGCGCAAGCUGCGCAAGUUUUCAUGCGCAAUGAAAACCUAAAUCUGCUGGUCGAUUGCGGUGUUCCAUUUAGUUUUUCAGCUGAUCACGCUUUCUACGGGCGCUUCGCAGACGACGCGUGUGUCAUGUACGAGACUGUCGCAGCGUAGUAAGACGAGUGCCGUGUCUUGUGUAGUUGCUAGCUAGUGGCAGUGAAAAUGUUUUCAGGACUUACAAACCAGGUCAGUUCUUGGAUGGGGGCGGCGAAGGGCGAGCCCCAGGAUGAAGAAGUACCUACUCCAACCAAAGAAGCUAUAGCGGAAGCAGCGGCGGAGGGCGAAAGACAAAGUCCAACCAAGGCGGGUGGCAAAUUGGACCUCAUCACCAAUGUCAAAUCACAAAUGACCGGAUGGCUAGGCUCGGGAAUACCUAUACCAGGUCUCAGAAAAAACGAAGUUCCACCAACUGAUGCCACAGAGCCUGUACCAGUUGAACCAGCUGAGCCAGCCGAACCUAAGCCUGAGGGGAAGGACGAUGAUGAUAAUUCUAGGUAUAAUAGUGCGACCGGAGGCGCUGACAGCAGACCCGGUUCCACUGGCGGGACUCCCACAGAAGAACAACCAGCUGGAGUUGGAAACGGUCCACAGAGUAGAAAGUUUUUCGCUGUAGACGCCAUCGAAGUGCCAGAUAUGCAGGAGUUGACUACAAAAGCGGUGGCUGGCGCCAAGUCGCUUGGCAACUUCUUGUAUUCGGCGGUGAACAAGGCUGGUGCGAAGGUCAGCGAAGCGAGUGCUAAGAUCAAGAAGACCGUUGAAGAAAACAGUAUUCUCGGAGAGUUCAACCGUGAGCAGGACGCCUUCAUCAAGGGCCAGGCCGGCGGUGGAGGUGCGGCAGUGGCGCCCUGGGUCGGGGCUCCCAACGAAGCUGCGCUCAAAGAGGAAUGCCUGUCCUUAUCCACUGACCGAAGGAAUUUCGUCCGAGCUCCGCCAGCGGGCGUAGAGUUCGACUUCGACUACGACAAGAUGUACCCAGUCGCACUCGCCAUUAUGAAUGAAGACAACAACCUUGAGAAGAUGCGCUUCGAUCUCGUGCCUAAAGUAAUCACGGAGGAGAACUUCUGGCGGAACUACUUCUACCGCGUGUCGCUCAUCUGCCAGGCCAACGAGGCCGACGCGGCCGGCGCGCGCCCAUCCACCACCGAUGACUCGCAGGAUGUAAAAUCAGCGAGCGACAAGCUAAUUAUCAAAGAGAAAGCAUCUCAAGACUCGAUAGAUGACGCGAAGAAAAGAAUUAAAUCGCUUAAAGUCGAUAGAGACAAUGAUGAUGAACAAUGGGAGAAAGAGUUGGAGGCGGAACUCAAAGAAUACGAGGUGGUAGCGGAAAAAUCCAGCGAUGAUAAAUGGGAGAAGGAGUGUGAAGAUCUACUUGGUGACGAUGUGGAUCUCAAGUAAAUAUAAUAAACAUUGAUUUUUGAUUAAAACUCGUGAAAUCUUUAAUAGCUUCUUUUUAUAAAUAUUUCAUUAUAGCUGUCAAUUAUUAAGUUUGUAAAUAUGUUUAUCUUAUUAGUUUUAAUUUAACAAAUAGUGUGGCUGUUGAUUUCUUUAGUAAUAAAUAAUAAUAAUCUUUAUUUUAAAAGCUAUGUAAAACUUAUGAUGUACAUUAUUAUGCUUAUAACAUUUCAGAAUGGUGUAAAAACAUAAAUUUGAAAUUUUACGGCGUUUAUAUGGUAGUAUUAAUCUUUCUAGUAUCAAAGUUAAAGUUAUUCAAGCUUGUACAAAUAAUCAUAUACGCAAAAGUAAACUGAAGUCCCUAGAGUAUUUUAAAGAUCCUAUUGCGUCUGCUAAAAAUGUAAAGGUGAUACCAGACGGGUUAAGUUUUAUUCAUUUUUGCCUUUCAUUGGCAUCCUUCACUCAGAAAGAAACGUUUGAACUCAAAAUGUAUCAUAAGUGACGAAUGCAUUCAUUAGGUAAUGAACCGAUUCAACGAUAAGUAUAGGUUGUUACGGCUAUACUCACGUAUUUAGUCGAUGUUAGCCCGACUAGUUUCGAACCCAUCCGGUGUCCUUUUUCAUAGGGACUCAUCUCGCUGCGUGGUUGAGACCCCUAUGAAAAAAGGACCUCAUCCACAAAAACCACCCUAUUUUACAUCGACUAAAUACUUGACUAUAGCUAAAUAACCUAUAAUUAUAAUGGAAAUCACUCACGAUAAAUUAAUCGAUUAACUGCCAGGCCGAUUAUAAUAAAAGAGUCGUUAAGUUUGUUUUUAUAAAUGUGAUUUAUGUAUGGUGCAAUAUGAACCUUGGUGUGAAGGAAACUUAAAUGUACGUACCUAGAUUAUUUAUCGUUAUCUUAGGCUCAAGGCAUAUUGCGGCAGAGAAUUCUGACGCGUCUUUUCUAAAAUAUCACAAAGUAUGCUGAACUUUAUCCCUGCAUGUACAUUCUUCUUCUCGAGAUUGGCAGCUGUGCAGGACUCUUGUUGACCCUAUCACGUUUGUACGGGAGCGGUGUCUUUGUGCUCGACCGUAGCAAAUAGGGAAAUUUCCCACCGAGCGGUGUUGUGCUCGGAGCGCCAGCUGGGUCGACGGUUUUAUCUUAAAACUUAUAUGUACUGCAGAUUUCAGAUAACUCUGUUAGUGUGAUUCAGAUUUGCGUGUAACUCUACUUUGACAUGUACCCGUGCUGCCAUCUAGUGCGAGCGUCGUGAGUAGUCAGGCUUGGGUUCGUGUUCCAAAGUAGUUGUGUUGUGGCCGAGGUGUAUUUAGGUAGCGAAAUAAAAUUUGGUUUACUUUGUAUUUAGAAAAGUGUCGCUUUUUUCGUCUCCGCCGCAAUGUGCCUUUAGCCUUAAUAUUAUUAAUACUUUAUUUUAUUGUAAACAUUCCUAAAAUAAUGUGUAACUACGUAAAUAAAGCAUUUCUAAAGUU